AUGGCGAAAGCAACGAUUGCUCCACCGAAAGCACCUGGAAAAAUUCCGUCACUCGCUUUUAAGGACAGAGAUAAACCAGAUAGUGUGCGAAGUAGUAAUAUCACUGCGGCAAAGGCUGUUGCUGACGCAAUUAGAACAAGUUUGGGACCUAAAGGGAUGGAUAAGAUGAUUGAAACGGGAAAAGGUGAAGUAACAAUCACAAACGACGGUGCAACGAUUUUAAAACAGAUGAGUGUCAUACAUCCUGCAGCUAAAAUGGUGAGAUUUUUGCUGGACUAUUGGGAAAUCUUCAGAGUUUGUUCUGUGGUCUUACUAUUUUCAUCUCUGGAGUUGUGCUGA